AAGUACAACCCAUAUAUGUAAAAGCAUCUCUAUUAAACCUCCAUCAUCUCCCCUAUCAAAUUUGCUCUCCACCCAAUCCCUCCUCCAAACAAUCAAAACGCAGCGUUUUCAACAUCCGGUAAAAUGGAUCACGACAUGCCCGGCAUGAUGUCGCCGCCGCCACCGGCUGCCAGCGGCAUGAGCGGCCAUGAUCAUGGUGGUGAUUCCAUGAUGGGGUCGUCCAUGACACACAUGACCUUCUUCUGGGGCACGGACUCCGAGAUUCUCUUCUCGGGGUGGCCCGGGACCCGGACGGGGAUGUACGUGUUGGCCCUCGUCUUGGUAUUUUUCCUCGCCUUUAUCAUCGAGUUGCUUUCUAGUGUCCUACAGAGGGCCGGGAAAGCCGGCCCUCUGCUCCGGACCCUCGUGCAUGGUCUAAGGAUCGGGUUGGCUUAUCUUGUUAUGUUGGCGUUGAUGUCGUUUAACGCCGGAGUUUUCAUCGUUGCGGUCGUCGGGCAUAGUUUAGGGUUUUUCGUGUUUGGAAGUAGGGUUUUCAACAGAUUCUUUGCUGAUUCGGACAAGGUUAGUUAUGAUAAUCGGGUCGGUUGCUGACGUGGCUCUUUCUGUCUCUCUCUUUUAAGUAUUUUUUUUUUGGGUGUGAGUGGAACUUGAUGAAUAUGUAUAUGUUUGUUAGUAUUGUGUGUUAAAUUAAGAAUGUUUUCUGUAAAUUCCUUUCAUUAUUUGAAUCCGUAUUGGAAUUUGGAGGAGUACAUGAUAAA